AUGUCCGUCAUAAAGCUUGUUAGCAAGGCAAUGGAACGGAUCGCUCCGCUGAAAGGCCCUCCACUACAACACAGAAACUCUCGCAAUGUCCUCCUCACGAUCGACCUUACGCCUCAAGUCCUUAAGGAGGCGAUUGCCCUUCCUGCAGCGGCCAUCAUUGCAUAUCAUCCGCCUCUGUUUAAACCACUAUCCUCUUUAACCCUCGCCAACCCUUUACAAGCAUCCCUGCUCUGGUGCGCAACCGCAGGUAUUUCUAUAUACUCGCCACAUACUGCACUAGACUCGGUAUAUGGUGGUAUCAAUGACUGGCUGGCGGACGGCCUCGGGGAGGGCAAGGUCGAACUCUUACAUGGGGAGACGGUACCCAGUCUUGGAGGUGGAGGACGACUUGUGUGUUUGGACGAGAAGGUAAGCUUCAAGGUGUUGCAGGAGAGAGUCAAGAAAUACUUGGGCCUUACCCAUCUUCAAGUUGCUCAGGCGCCCACAAGGCUUCACAACGACGUCCAAACAAUAGCCAUUUGUGCUGGUUCAGGCGGCUCCGUCCUCCAGGGAAUCAAGGCAGAUGUCUACCUCACUGGCGAAAUGUCGCAUCAUGAAGUCCUUGCCGCCGUAGCCGCGGAUCGGAGUGUUAUCCUCUGCGGCCAUUCGAACACAGAACGAGGCUACCUUCCAAUCCUGGCCAACCGACUAAGGGAAGAGUUCAGUAAAUUAGACGGGGAGGGUUGGGCUUUGGCCAAGGAGAUCAGCUUCCACGUUAGCGACAAGGACGCAGACCCUCUCAUCACAGUGUAA